AUGGUGCAGGCAGAAUCCUCAGCCAGUGCAGCUCGCAAUGGUCUCCAGCCCAACACGGCCGGAGCUCCGCAGGACUAUGAGCUCCCCUGGGUCGAGAAAUACCGUCCGAUCUUCCUCGAUGACAUCGUUGGCAACACAGAGACCAUCGAGCGGUUGAAGAUUAUCGCCAAAGAUGGGAAUAUGCCGCACGUUAUUAUCUCGGGCAUGCCUGGUAUUGGAAAGACGACGUCAGUUCUGUGUUUGGCUAGACAAUUGCUGGGCGAUGCGUAUAAGGAGGCUGUGUUGGAGUUGAAUGCUAGUGACGAGAGAGGUAUCGAUGUCGUGCGAAAUCGAAUCAAAGGGUUUGCGCAGAAGAAAGUUACACUCCCGCCUGGUCGUCAUAAGCUUGUUAUCCUUGAUGAAGCAGACAGUAUGACCUCGGGUGCGCAGCAAGCGUUACGGCGAACGAUGGAGAUCUACUCUACUACAACCCGAUUUGCCUUUGCUUGUAACCAGUCGAAUAAGAUCAUCGAACCCCUCCAGUCUCGAUGCGCAAUCCUCCGCUAUUCUCGAUUGACCGACGCCCAGGUGGUGAAACGAUUGAAACAAGUGUGUGAGGCUGAGAAGGUCGAACACUCGGAAGAUGGACUAGCUGCGUUAGUUUUCAGUGCUGAAGGUGAUAUGCGCCAAGCGAUCAACAACCUGCAAAGUACCUGGUCUGGAUUUGGCUUCGUGAGCGGCGACAAUGUCUUCCGUGUAGUUGAUAGCCCACAUCCGAUCAAGGUCCAAGCCAUGAUCAAGGCUUGCUGGGAAGGUAAGGUGGACGUGGCUUUGGAGACGUUGAAUGAGCUAUGGACUCUUGGGUAUUCGUCCCACGACAUUAUCAGUACUAUGUUCCGAGUCACUAAAACUAUCCCGACGCUGUCUGAACAUUCGAAGCUGGAAUUCAUCAAGGAGAUCGGAUUCACACAUAUGCGCAUUUUGGACGGCGUGCAAUCACUCCUGCAGUUGAGUGGUUGUGUCGCCAAACUCUGCAAGAUCAACAUGAAGCCGGAGUUAUUCCAGAAUUCCAAGGCUUGA